AUGGAGGCCAUGUGCACCGAGUGCGAGGAUCGCGACGCGCGGCUCGACGUGAUCGAUAUUCAGCUCUUCCACGCGCUCAACCCGAAGAGUUGCAAUCGGACGACCUGGGAGCAGGUGCCGAAGAUCAUGGGCAAGCAGGGCGACUUUGUGGCGGAGGGGAAGCUCGACGGGGAGAGAGACGCGAGCCACUUGUACGGCGAGUCGAUGGAGGACGUCCUCUGCGAGUGCGUGCGAGAGGACGUCACCUCGCUCCUGCUCGACGGCGAGAUGAUGGUGGUGGACCUCGAGACGGGCCGCUACCUGCCCUUUGGCGAGAACCGCUCGCUCAAGGACUUCGGCACGAGCAUGCGACACUGCUUCGUCGCCUUCGAUCUGCUGCUCUACAACGGCAGGAGCAUGACGGGCGCGACGCUGGCGGAGAGGAGCGAGCUCCUGAGGAAGGCGGUGCGGACCAAGCAGCACGCUCUCACGCUCAUCGAGCGGUUCGAGGUGGGCGAGCGCGGCGCGGGCGCGACCACAGCGGUGAUGCGUCAGCUCGACGUGAUGAUGAGCCGCGGCCUCGAGGGCGUCGUCUUCAAGUCGCUGUCCUCAAAGUACGACCCCGGCUCGCGGGACAAGUCGUGGAUCAAGCUCAAGCCCGACUUCGUCGAUGGGAUGGGCGACACGCUCGACCUGCUCAUCCUUGGCGGCUACUACGGCGAGGGCCGUCGCCGGUCGGGCGCCGUGUCCACCUUUCUGAUGGGCGUCCGCGCGCCGCCCGAGGCGGCCAAGCGCGUGGGUGGCGCGGCGCACCCGCUGUUUUAUCCGUUCUGCAAGGUCGGCACGGGCUACUCGCUGCCGCAGCUCAGGGAGCUACGUGAGCGGCUGAUGCCGGCCAGCCUGACACGAAGACGAGGGAAUGCGUUGGGCCACGGCGCCUCGUUGACCGCGGUCUCCUGCGAGCAGGUUUCGCACGAGUGGAAGAACAGCCGGCGGCCUGCGCACCUGUGCCACUGGGAGCCCAGCAAGCGGGACGACAUCCCCGACUAUUGGUUCGAGCCCGAGGCGUCGGUUGUGCUCGAGCUGACUGCCUUCGAGAUCAUCACGCCGAGAGAGUCCUUCCUGCCCGCAAACUACACGCUCCGCUUCCCUCGCGUCAAGCGCGUGCGGUACGACAAGGGCUGGGAGGGCGCCGAGACCUUCGAGCGGGUUGUCGAGCUCUUCAAGGAGUGUGACGGGCGGCUUUCGGCAAACAAGCGGCGGGCGGAGGAGAUCGCGGCCAGCCGCGCGAGCGCCGGGCCCGCCGCAAAGAAGCGCGCCGCAGGCGUCGCGCCGACGGUUGGCGUGCCCUGGCACCUCAAGCUGUCGGCGGACCUCGCGAAUACGGCGGUCGAGUGUUACGCGCUAGACGGCGUUGUGGCGGUGGUCAAGGGCACGCUCUCCCGGCGGCCCGGCGUCGAGACGCAGAUCAAGCGACUUGGCGGCAAAGUGCACAAGAACAUGACCAGCCUCACCACUCACCUCGUCGACGCUCCGGGCGCCGAGGUGCUCGCCGAGGUGGAACGGGCAAGGCGCGGCGGAGGCAGCUUCGAGGUGGUCACGGCUGCGUGGGUGGACGAGUGCUCGCGGGUGCACGCCCGCGUUACCCUCGAGCCACGGUACGUCCGGCACGUGAGCGAGGCCACCCGCGAGCAGAUCGAGGCAAUCAUGGACGAGUGGGGCGACAACUACACCAUCGCCGCCGACCCCGAGUCGCUCGUCGACUCCAUGCGUCUCGUGCGCGAGCAGCGCUCCGCCGGCGGCAAUUGCGGCGACAGCCCGCUGGCCAGGGAGGCGCACGUGGCGGACGCCUUGCGGGACCUCGACGACGAGACUGCGGUGGCGCUGCGAACACGCUACGCGAUGCUGCGCGGCGUGGUCGCCUACGUGCCUCGUGGCAGCGUCGCGUUGCGGCUGCGGCUGCGGCUGCUCGGCGCGCAAACCGUGGACGAGCCUUCGGCGGAUUCGACACACGCAGUGCUGUCGGCUUCGACGAGCGCCGACGAGCGGCAGCGCUUGCGGGACAAGUUUACGGAGGAUCGGGUGCGCGACGGGCGCCCCAGCUGUGGCAGGCACAUCGUGUCGGACCGCUGGCUCGCCGAGUGCGAGAGGCGGGGCCAACGCGAGCCCGAGGCGCAGGAGGACGCGUGGUUCGGUGAUCGGGUGGGAAUUAGGGACCGUGCGUUGUAGCAGAUGUGAGCGGGGGGUGACGCCGAAUCCUGAGGCCGUGAGACGCGCGGGUCUCUCACACGCAAACGAACGGUACAUGACGGUACACAUUCAUACCACACUUCACAUAUGUAUUUGUAAAGCCGUACGUCCUUCCUAUUC